GCCCGGUUUGAUGAAGCAUCUUAUGGGAAAUGGAUCAUGGCUCUAGGCUCCAUCUGGGGUACACUGCUCACGCUGAGCGACUGAAUAGAAGCCCAGCAAGUGAAAGCAAGUGCGGUUACAUGGACUUGUGCCAAGUGUUCGAGGAAUCGAGAGAUCUUCUGGAAAGCUUACGACGCCAGUGGUUCUAUCGUUGCUGUUCGUGAGGCUGCGAUUGCGGGGAUUCGCCUGCUUCCACGCAAUUCUUCCCCAGACAAAUGAGGUAGAUAGCUACUAUUGAUGACGAGGAGCGGCAGCACUUCCUCGCUUCAACGAGAAAGGGUCUCAUUCUGUGCC